AUGAUAGCCGCCUUACGAGCGGGGCAGCGCAACCUCGUUGGCGUCGACAGGUCCGCCCUUAUCGUAUGCUGCCGCACCUUAUCGACGAAGCCGCAGCAGCAGCAGCAGCAGCAGCAGCAGCAGCCAUCCUCAUCCUCAUCAUCCUCGACCCCGCCCCCGCCUUCAUCGUCAUCGUCUGCUCAACGACUGCGACCGAAGACGUCGCGACGCAUCACAGCCAGUCGGAGGCGCUUCCAUGACGCUCUCGAAGAGCUCGAUCGUUGGAGACGCAAACAAGGCAUACUUGGCUACAUGAGCAGCCUUCUCAGCGGGACAUAUCGCAGCACAAGGCCAUCGAGCGAGGCCAUAGAAGACCAAGACGAGUCUGAAUCGACAGACUUCUUUGACUCCGCAAAGGGGGGCCUGGAUCACUGGACAUUUGCACACCUCCCGCUACACUUCCCCACCGACGCAUCUUGGCCGCCUAAGCUUCCCGGUAUCGUCGAAAAGUACCCCAACACGCCUGGCGCACCAACUUGGAACAGACCAGCUAUAGCCAAGGUAGCCUUCACCUCGCCUACAUAUCGGUCGCCCCGCGACCUAGCAGCCCUCGCUCUUGAAGUCCAUCGAUACGCCCUGCCCCCACGCAUUCACGAGGAAGUCGUUGAGCGUGGCAUCACGCGCAUCACCUGGCGAUCUGCGCUGGGGUUGCGAGGCAGCGAGAGUCCCGAGGAGCUCCUCUGGGCCGCAGAAAAGAACGUCCGCCUCGAAUACCUGGGGGACGCAAUAGCCAGGGAGAUAGCAGUCAGACUCGUAUUUUCGUUCUUUCCCGAUCUCGCCUCGGGAGGGCUCAACACCCUCGCCUCGCAUCUGACGACCAACGAUACCUUUGGCUACCUUUACGACUUGGCAGGCAUAGAGGCGAUGCGCGUCCGUUUGGCUGAAGAGCUGUUACAGGAAGCCGUAGAUCGCGAGGUCAAGAGCAUUCAGCUGGAGUCCGACCCGGCGAAAGCCCAACACCAAGUCGAUACCAAUCUCGCCACUUUGGAGUCCUCAGCAAAAGCAGACCGCUUCGAGGCCUACUUAGCAUACAUUCGCAUAGCACAUGGCGCGAGCGUUGCAGAAGAGUGGUUCGCCAGCCUCGUCCAACCGUGGAUCGACCGUAUAGCCAAUCGCGAGACGUGGCCGUCAGAGAAGUCGCUCACUGCUGCAGGGCUGUUGCGGCGCAAGAUUCAGGAGAACAAGCUGGCCAAGGAGGCGACGGAGAGGCAAAAGAAGCUCGACGAGGAGGCGGCAGCGAGACAGAAGAGGAAGGAGGCGAGGUACGCUUCAUUUGGGCAGCUGGCUACUGCAGGGAGGAGUUUGUUGAAAAGGUUGAUGGAUAGGGAUCGUCCCCCGCAGGGUGGGUCGGGGAAGAAGUAG